GCGGCGGCGACUGAGGGGCUGCUGGAGGCCCGGGAGGCCCGGAUGUGGUGCAGGAAGCCGCCGACCACGCCGGCUUCUGAUCGCGGGCGCCCACAGCACGGACAUGACGGGCUGUUGGUCGGCGUUGUCGCGCGCGGCCCGGCGCCACCCGUGGCCCACCAACGUGCUGCUCUACGGCUUGCUCCUCUCGGCCGGCGACGCGCUGCAGCAGCGGCUGCAGGGCGGCGAGGCCGACUGGCGCCAGACGCGGCGCGUGGCCACGUUGGUGGUGACCUUCCACGCCAACUUCAACUACGUGUGGCUGGGCCUGCUGGAGCGCGCGCUCCCGGGCCGCGCGCCGCGCGCCGUGCAGGCCAAGUUGCUGUGCGACCAGGUGGUCGGUGCGCCCAUGGCGGUCUAGGCCUUCUAAAUCGGUAUGAGCAUUCUCCAGGGAAAGGAUGACAUAUUUUUGGACCUGAAACAGAAAUUCUGGAACACCUAUAUGAGCAGACUGAUGUACUGGCCCUUUGUACAAAUGAGUUCCGCCUACUCACUGACCAACUUCAGCCUUGUUCCUGUUCGAUGGACAACAGCCUACACUGGAGUCUGUGGUUUUCUCUGGGCCACCUUCAUCUGUUUUUCCCAGCAGAGUGGUGACGGCACAUUCAAGUCAGCUUUCACCAUUUUAUAUACGAAGGGGACCAGUGCCAUAGAAGGGUCCCCGGAGAAAUAAGAAGUCAAGGACUCUCUUAAAGGGACCACAUUUUUGACCUAAAAUGCACAGAAUUGCCUGCAGACAAAA